AUGGCCAUCAUGUUACUCCUAUACUUUGUGGUCGCGUCAAAGCUACUUUUGGCUGUGGUGAGAUGUGACAGCAUCAACUUCUACAAUAUCAGGCCUCCCGUGGGUACGACACCCUACCCCAAAAGCUUUAAGUGCUUCACGUGUGAGGAGACUUCCGAUAACUACAGAUGUAAUCGCUGGGCUGAAGACAAGUGGUGUCCUGAGAAUACACAGUACUGUAUGACAAUACAUCAUUUCGGACGUCAUGGAAAAACCAAGUUUGUGACCAAAAGGUGUGCAUCAUACAAGGACUGCAACGCAAUUGGCUGCCAGCAACACGAAAGCACACACCAUACGAAAUGUAUAUCAUGCUGUGAAGGCAUGGCAUGUAACGUGGAGCUGCCCACUAACCACACCAAUGCCGUGUUCAUGCGGAUUCAAACCUACAACAAUGCUGCUACCAACAUCAUCAGCAGAAGCCGAUGGAGUUUUGUACUUCUAUUACCCACAGUUCUAGCAGCGCUUUUACCUUUCUGACACUAAGCACUUGUGUGUAUUUUUUAAUCAAAACUGAGAUGCUGUGCUAGUUCUAGAGCUAGUUAGCACAUUACCCAUUGCUUCUCAAAGUAAAAGAAAGGACAUUUUUGAGAAAGCGAUUGAGAUACGUCAUGCAGUCUUGCUGACUUCAGAACCCAGACAAUCAGUGCCAGGAUCGUGGCUAGGGAACUGGAGAUGUUUUCAAAGCCAACUGUUUGUCAAUGACAUGCUUAAUAGGACAUGAAAACAAUCAUUUAGCUGUGAGGGAAGUUGAUUUCCCACUAAGCAAUGCUUCAUUGGGUUUGUACUGACCCCAUUGAAGGCCGCAUACAGGCCUGAGUGAUUCUGGAAUGAUGGUGUGACCCUGUCCAGUGGCUUUAAGCCCAGAGACUGUCUCACAAAUGCUAGCAUAAGGACAGAAUGCAAAAAGAGGAUGGUGGACGUAUUUUUUAAAUAGACCGGAGCUCUCUGGUGAGAUCUCUGGGAAAGAACAACACCGCAAUCUUCUAAUGACUUAAAUUCUUCACAUUUGGCAUUAGUGAUUACAUUUAGUCAACUAACAGUGAGGGGUAACAGAGUGGACAUUUCAGUUUAAUAUUUUACUGAAAUAAUGCAGUAAUUCAGCAAAU